AUGGCUAAAGAGCUUUGCGAAGAUAAUUGCUAUGUAGCAUUAACUCACGAGUAUCUUGACGCCAAAGUGAUGAUGGACAAAGUCCGAAGCCCAAAGGCCGGAGCCAUUGUUCUUUUCGCAGGUACUACCAGAGACAACUUUGGAGGGAAACCAGUGAAAGAACUUCAAUAUACAUCAUACGAGCCACGGGCCUUACAAACUAUGCUCAGUAUCUGUAAAGCAAUUGUUCAAAAACACUCAUUGACAUCCAUUGCCAUGAUCCAUCGAUUGGGAGUUGUACCUAUUGGAGAGGAAAGCAUUUUGAUUACAGUGUCUUCGCCUCAUCGCCAGGCAGCUUGGAGAGCAGGUGAAGAAGCCCUGGAGGAAUGUAAGGAGAAGGUGGAGGUAUGGAAGAAAGAAGAAUUUGGUGGUGAGGAGGGUGGUGUUUGGAGAGCAAAUCGUGAUGGUGCUGUGGGCGAGCGGGUGGAUGAAGAGAAAGAGAAGAAGACGCCGGAAAUGGGACCUCAUGGUCCGAUAUUACGGCAUAAUCGACCUGGCGAGCGUGGACAUGGACCAGUGGUAAGCAACCACCAGCUUGGUUCUUGA